UUUCCCGUGAAUUCCCCACAAUGCCACGGAAAGUAACAUGGCGGCGCCCAUAACGUAAUCUGACUUCCGAGUGUCCAGAGUUGGAAAGUAUCAGUGAAGAAUGGUAAAGAAUCGAGGGAAGGGAACAAAGAGCCAUGCAGUUGGUUCAGGAGGCAAAAGUAAACGCCAUGUCCACAAAUUUGAAAGAUACGCAAGGGAUUAUGAAAAAGAAGAUCCAGAGAGCCAGUCCCAGCCAGCGGCAGAGGAGGAAGACCCCUGGCGGAUUCCCUGCCCGCUGGCCAUGUGGGACCUGCAGCACUGUGAUCCCAAGAAGUGCACCGGCCGGAAGCUGGCCCGCAAGGGGCUGAUCAGGACCCUACGGCUUGCCCAACGCUUUAAUGGGAUCAUCCUGUCGCCACUGGGCACCCACUGUGUCUCCCCUCAGGACAGACACGUUGUCGAAGCAAAAGGCAUCGCUGUAAUCGAUUGCUCCUGGGCCAUGCUGGAGCAGACGCCCUUUGACAAGAUGAAGGGUGGUCAGCCCCGGCUUCUCCCCUACUUGGUGGCAGCGAACCCCAUCAACUACGGAAGGCCCUGUAAACUCUCCUGCGUGGAGGCAUUUGCUGCAACCUUUUACAUUGUUGGUCUCCCUGAGUAUGGUAUGCAGCUCUUGAAGAGGUUCAAGUGGGGACCAGGAUUCUACCGGCUGAACCGAGACGUCUUGGAGAGCUACGCGGCCUGCAAGAACGGCGCCGAGGUGGUGGAAGCGCAGCAGGCCUGGAUGGAGAGACUUGCGCAGGAAGACGCACUAAGAUCAAAUACAGAUUUGAUGGACAUUGACAUGGAGCAAGAGACGUGCAACUUGAACCGCCAGCCGCAGUAUUCCACACCUGAAUCGGACGACGACGACAGCGAGGAUGAGGAUGAAAACGACGAGGAGGAAGAUGAUGAGUUGCAGAGAGGGGAGGCCACGGGAGGGGCGGCCGAGACGAGAGACGCUGACAAUGACAGUGACAGUAAGGAUGAGGCAGACAAAGACAAAAAUGAGAGGGGAGAGUUGGAAGGGGUGAUAAAUCGAGCUGGGGCUUCGUCAUCAGGUGGCAUAGAUAAAAAGACGCAAAGAGAUAGUCACAGAGACUUUUCUGUUGAGAGGAACUUGCCGGUCAGCAACACUAGUGACAGACACCAUCCCUGCAGUGCCUACAUGCGGAGGGAGAUCACACAUGCUCCUGAGUUUGACCAAGCCCAAAUAGAUAGCCAGGAUGGACAACUACAUGUUAGAACUGAAUACUCCCGGGAGAAUGUUUCCAGCAGCGGGACAACUGAUCUUGGAAGCGCAUCUUCUUGUUCACAUGGUGUCAAAAGCGAGUUGUCGGAGGCAACUGAAAGAUUACAGGAAUCAUUGGAAAAUAUUCAUAUACGUGUAACUUAAGACAGACAAUCUUUUUGUGGACAGAAUGACAGAGUCAGUGGUUUUUUUUCCACGAAUGAUGUAUUUGCCAGUUUCACUGUGAAAGUUUUUUAAUAAAACCAAAUUCCAUAUUAAAGUUAGAUAUCCAUGAGGAAAUUACUGAAAUUGAUUCUGCAAAAACUGUGUAGGACAAUAAAUUCAAAUUGCUUGAAAGGAAAACCCGACCGUUCGUUUGUAAAUUUUCAUCCAGACAAAUAAAAUGGAAGAACAUCAUGACAGUUGA